GACUCCAAGUCGGUUUUGUUUACUAUUUCUCUCUCUCUCACACACACAGCUCUCUGUUUCAACGUUACGUGACAUUAAUCCAAUCCACUGUCUAAAUCAGAACCGGAAGUGAGGAACAACCAAGGUUUGUCAUUUUGUUUUCUCGGACGGGGGGAUGGGGUGUUUCAUACGUAUUGGCAUUUCAGAGUUGGCGUACGUGAGAUGAGAGACAAGUUUGGGGGGUGAUGAUCCCUAUGGUUCUUCAACGUGGAAUUUGGAACUAUCAUCAAAACCUGCAAAAAUAAUCGCCGGAGAAUGCCAAAAAGCCGAAAAUAUACGUAGCAGAAUUUUUUUCCUUUUCCUCUCCUCAGUGGGAAGAAAGAUGAGAUGCUGUUCUCGGCCCCACCAUUAUUUCUGGGUGUCCAUCAACUUUUUUUUCCUCCUCUUCUGAUUCUCUCUCUCACUAUGAUGUCUUCAUCAGCACCCUCGCUUUCUCUCUCUAUAUAGACAAAAAUACAGUAUCACUUUUCCUCUGCUUUCUAUCUUCACUGCUGUUUCUUCCAACCUCCUUGGUCUAUAAUGGCUGCCCCCACAACAUUAGUCAGACCGACUCCUAAUUUUCUGUGUGUGGAUAUGAGGGUCGGUGUUAUUCAAUCCUAAAGAAACAAAGGGUUUGAGUGGUCAUAGCAGGAGCGCAAUCUUGGUACAUUGAAUUCGAACAAUCUCCAAUUAUGGCAAAUAAAUCACCGAGAUACUCUUUGCAAUACAAGAAAGACCAGGCAGGUUGUAUCUGGGGCUUCAUUAACAUCUUUGACUUCCGCAAUGGUCGAUCCACUAGAAAGCUACUUGCAGAUGGAAGACAAGCUAGCGGACAAGUUGCAGGUGCCAGUUCAAGUAUGAAGCUUAAAAUACCGAAUCCCAGUGAGAAGAGUUUUAAGGUCAAGAUCCAGGAUGAUGACGAAAGUGAGGCAGCAACACUUGACUCUAAGACAAGUGUAAAGGAACUCAUGGAAGAAGAAAUGUUUGGUGAGGCAAGCCCGAAGGAUCAGAGAAAUGAUGUUGAAAUCCAACCAGAAGCGUUUAAUUCACACAAGGGGAGCCAUACAAAGAGGAGGAAAUGCAAACGGACAUUUAGAACUUCUGAUAGGUCUAGAAGUAUGUCCUUAUCGGAUUUGGAUGAUGUCAAGAAUGUUGGCUCUGAUGUCUCCUGCCGUCAAGUUCUCAACUCCGAUGAUUUUCAAAUUAUAAUGGAAGAGCUUGGCCAGAUUCAUGUAAAAACCAAUAGUUUCAGAAAGAAAGAUGUGCGUAACAAGCAGUCAGAUCAAGACCGCCCAGUUCUUGAAGAAAAGUUAAGUGCAGCCAUUGAGAUGCUUGUAAACCAGAAGUCUAAGGACAGUAGACACUUUGAAGAAGACGAGACUGCUUAUAACUCCCAAGAGUUAAUGGAUGCUCUGCAAACAUUAAGUUCUAACAAGGAAUUAUGCUGGAAACUCUUACAAGAUCCAAAUUCUAGGCUAGUGAAUCACAUGGAAAGUUUAGAGGAUCGAGUUGAAAAAGGGAGGAAGUCUAACUCUAGGCUGAAAUCUAAUUUGAUGCAGAAAAAUGUAGUUCAUGCAAAAACAGAUGCAAUCGGCAAUUCAAAACGAGGCCACUUUUUUCGCAGGAGAAGCAAAUCUCAAGAAAGCUAUCCUUUAAUGGAAGAUGAAAGAUCCCGGCCCUCUAGCAAAAUUGUAAUUCUAAAACCGGGACCAGCUGGCUUGCAAUUCCCAGGUUCUCCAAUUGAUGUUAGCUCAUCAGUACACUCUCCUCAUACAAUGGGCAAUAAAUUGCAGAAUGGGAAAAGCUCAUCCCAUUUCUCGUUCACUGAAAUUAAAAGAAGGCUAAAGAAAGCCAUGGGAAAAGAAUGCCAAGGGAUCUCUCAUGAAGAAAUCGUUCAUAAAAAGCACAGUGAUAUUGAUAAAGGGAUCAGUGGAGAAAAUAUUGGAUGGAGCUCUCCCAACAGAAACCAUUUUUACACCGAGAGAUUUGCCAGGCCUUCCCCCAUUCACUUCAAGAGAGGAGAUAAGAAAGGGAAGCCAAAAGACAUUGAAGAAGCUACAAUAAAUGAAGCAUCUAAUUAUCCCAAGCUGGAGAUAUCAAACAUCUAUCUUGAGGCUAAGAAACAUCUCCUGGAGAUGCUGGAUAAUGGGGAAAAAGAGGAAGAGUUAAUUAGCGAAAAGCUCCCUAAAUCCUUAGGAAGGAUCCUUUCUCUUCCUGAGUAUAACACUUCUUCUAACUGCAGUCCUAGAAAGUGUACUCAUGAGGAUGUCCUUCCUCCCCGGAUGAGAGUGGCUCCUUCUGACUCUAACUUAGAGAGGCAGUCUUCUGCUGCAGAAAUCAAUUCUGAACAGUACAUAAAAUUGGCAAAUGGAAACCUUGAUAUACCAUGUGAACUUAAUUGUGACGAUUUGUUGGAAAAAAUUGUUUCUCCUACUAAAGAUGAAGUGGCUGUUGCAGGGGUUCUAGAUACGGAAGAACCCGCUCCAAUUGGAUACCAGGAGGAUGGAAAAGUCUUAGAUGCAUCUUGUAAACCAAUUAGUUUUUCAAUUACCAUAGACAUUGGAAGUGCUGAUGUUACGGAAGCAUUUAACACGGAAACCUCCUCCCCGAGCUUGAAACUGGCAUCUGAAUGCUUAUCAGAUUCAUAUGGGGCAAAAGAAGUUUUUUCUUGUUGGUCAGCUGUCCCUCUGAACUCAUCUGACAGCGGGAAAGUUGAAUAUCCUCAGAGUGUAAUGGAUAGAAUGGAGCAACCCAGUCCCGUUUCUGUGCUUGAGCCAUUAUUUCCGGAGAAUGACAUCAAUCCUGCAACCACUAUGUGUCAACCAGUUGAACUCGAAAUUCAACCUCAGAAAAUCGAUUUUGAGGAACCAGCAGCAACUUCUCUUGACCAGCAACUUUACACACUGACUUUUCUGGAAAAUGAGGAAUCUGCAUUUGAAUACGUAGAGGCAGUACUGCUAGGUUCAGGGUUGAAUUGGGAUGAAUUUCUUUUAAGCUGGCUUUCCUCAGAUCAGAUUCUUGACCCAUCACUGUUUGAUGAAGUAGAUUUACUUUCUGAGUGUUCCUGUCGAAAGCUCCUUUUCGAUUGUACUAACGAAGUUCUUACUGAGGCAUGUGACCGCUAUUUUGGCUGCUUCCCUGGCACACCAUUUGUUAAACAGAACAUUCGGCCAGUUCCAAAGGGGAUGGACUUAAUCAAUGAGGUAUGGAUAGGGAUUGAAUGGUAUCUUCUCAAUACUCCACCGCCUCAUUCUUUGGAUCAGCUCGUCGAAAAAGAUAUGGAAAGGCCCGCAGGAUGGAUGGAUCUUAAAUCUGAUGUCAAAGACAUUGGCAAUACAAUCGAAGCAGCUAUUUUUGAGGAGUUGAUGGAGGAAACUCUUUUGAGCUUCGCAAAUGACACUUCAGAGGGUAAUCCCAUCCCUCUAUCAGAGAGUGAAAUUGAGAUUAGCAUUAAUUAGUGAAGGAUAGCAAUCUGUUGGCCAAGAAAAAGCAAAGAAGAGGGCAUGAAUCAGAGGUGGUCUCUCGGAUGAAGAAGUUAAGUAGUUGAAUCCCGUGUAUUCUGAAGGUAACAGCGAGAGUCGAGUAUUUUCACCUGAUUCAAAGAGCUACAGCCGGUAUGCAAUGUAAAGUUCACGUGAUAACUUUUCAAGGCAAAACAUUAUGGAUAAAGCAAGCAUUCAUGCUCCCAUGACAGGAACAAUGGACAUCUGCUUCAUAAAUAAUUGGCACACAGUCCAUUUGAGCAAGCAGGAUCAUGAAAACUUCACUGAGUUCCUGCUGGUCAUAUGGUGAUAAAGGUGAAGGUAAAGGCAAAGGGGUUCUCAUAACAGUGCAGAAUUUGUAGGUUCUGGUCUGCUGUGUGAUAUUUUCAGUUGUUCUGAUAGGUUUUGAUUUUUCUCCUCAUUUUCUGGGUUUAGGGGGGAAGUUCUGAGUUGUUUGACACAGACAGGCUGCUUUUGUUUUAUUUUCUUAUAAACUUUACAGAUGUAAUUACAUAGCAGUUGUAACUGAGAAUUCAAAAAAAAAAAAAAAAAAAAAAGCAGAAAUAAGCAAAUAUU